UGCGCGCAUGCGCCGGGAGGCGCCGCUUCCGGUAUCACGUGGUGCCGGUCUUAAAGGGGCCGCGGCGGGGCCGGGGGUUGGAGGGGCCAUGGCGGGGGGCGAGAGCGUGAACGUCUUUCUCUUCGUGCCCAACCUCAUCGGCUAUGCCCGCCUGGCGCUGGCCGCCGCCUCCUUCUACCUGAUGCCGCAGCGGCCGGGGCCGGCGGCCGCCUGCUACGCGCUGGCCGGGGCUCCUGGACGCCGUGGACGGGCACGUGGCCCGGCUGCUGGGCCAGGGUGGGCGGGGCCUCGCGGGGGCGGGGGCGUGGCCUGA